AUGGCAUCACGCACUAUUCCAUCGAUUGCGAUACGGUGUAGUCUGCAAACUCUCUCACGGCCAACCAAUAUUUGUCGUUCCAUCACAAACCAACGCUUCUAUGCUAUUCAAUCUCCUGGGGCUCCUCGUUUCCAGGUCUUCAAUCAGCAUACAAAAUGGAUCCAGAAAGAGCGCUCUGGUCUUAACGUCGAAGAAAGUCGUGAUGCUGACUACCUCAAAGAGGAGGUUGCCAUUCGAGUGUCGGAAAGACUUCUAGACAUCAAACGGCGGUUCCCUCGAGUGCUAGAUCUUGGUGCCAACUCGUGCAAUAUUGCACGAGCUUUGAUUCAGGAAAAUCCAGAUCCUGACCCCAACACACCCGAGUCACCACCAUUGUCAACACGCAUUGAUGAACUGGUUGCUGCUGAUUCUUCUUACUCACUACUUCAUCGAGAUGCCGACCAUGAUUUCAACAAGAAAAUCAACAUCACUCGUAAAGUCAUGGAUGAUCAAGAAACAAUUCCUUUUGAUCCUGCCUCUUUUGACUUGGUUCUGAGUUCAUUGAGCCUCCAUUGGAUCAACGAUCUGCCUGGUAUUCUCAAACAGAUCAACACCGUUCUCAAGCCAGACUCUCCUUUCAUCGGUGCCAUGCUUGGUGGCGACACUCUCUUCGAGUUGAGAACAUCACUUCAGCUUGCUGAGACAGAAAGACGGGGCGGCAUAUCUCCGCGAGUCUCUCCUCUGGCUGAUGUCAAGGAUGUCGGUGGUCUGCUCCAAAAAGCCGGCUUCAAAAUGUUGACUGUCGAUGUCGAUGAUAUCAUCGUUGACUAUCCUGAUAUGUUUGCUUUGAUGCAGGAUCUUCAAGCCAUGGGGGAGGGAAAUGCUGUUCUGGGGAGAGAAAUGGGCGCAAUCUCGCGCGACGUUCUUCUCGCAGGUCAGGCGAUCUAUAGGGAACUCCAUGGUAACCCGGAUGGGUCCAUUCCUGCCACAUUUCGAAUCAUAUAUAUGAUCGGAUGGCGCGAGGGCGAGAAUCAACCCAAGCCUCUGCUCAGAGGAAGCGGUGACAUAAACUUGAAAGAUAUCUUGGAACAAAAAUAG